AAAACCGGGUAGAGUUCAAGUCGGGCGAAGCAACAACAGAUUCCGUCCACCCGUUGUUCGAUCUCGGCGAAAAAAAAAUAUUUUUUUUGUAUAAAAACUUUAGUAUUAUCAAAAUUAGUUAGUUGUGGUAGAGAAAUAUAACCCAAAAGUAAAGUAUUUUGAUAAAGACUUCGCAGUGCAAAUUUCUAAUUUUGAGCUUCCACAAUAGUAAACGGUGUCUAUGGGGCAUAUGGCAACGUAUCAAGCUUCCCAAUGACCAGUGGCAUUGAUUGAUUGACUCAUCAUCUGAGACCUUCAACCUUGAAGUUUAAUUGUGAUGUUGACCCCGAAACGAUGCUAAUAUUUAACUGCUAAACCUUAUAGUGCUAAACCUGAUAAAUAAUCUGCAAGCCUAACCAUAAAGUGAUAUUUAUACACAUACAAGACUUUCGAAAUGAAUGUCCAUCAGACACCUACAAAACCUCGGCAUGGUGAUAGAUUCAUCCCCAAUAGAGCCGGAAACACAUGGGAAUCCUUCCCGAUAUCGUCUCCUUCAAGCAGCCUCAAAUUGUCAACUCCAAAAGACGCAGGUAGACCUCUUGGAUCAUCGAAUAGAAAACCAGCAGCAAAGGCCACGAAAGAUAAUGACAGACUAGGAGUUUAUGCAAGUCUGCUGAAAAAUGAAGUUCUUGGCUAUCAAAUUGAAGACUGCAAAGAUGUGACCCCUGAAAAGAAAUUAACGCCGAAUAGAAAAUUAUUUAAUUUUGAUAGCUCAGAAAGGACUAAUUUCAUUAAUUCGCCGUGGUCGCCUUACUCUUUAUCCCCAAUCAGUAAAAAUUCUGAGAAGCUUUUACAACGUUCCUCGAGGAAGCCUACGAGGAGAAUCUCAAAAGUCCCUUUUAAGAUUCUCGAUGCACCCGAAUUAAAGGACGACUUUUACCUGAAUCUGGUUGAUUGGUCUUCUCAAAAUAGCAUUGCCGUUGGUUUAGGAACUUGUGUUUACCUGUGGUCAGCCUCAACUGCUAAUGUAGUCAGGCUAUGUGAUAUAAGUCCAAGUAGGAAUGCAGUGACCUCGGUUGCGUGGAAUGAAAAGGGAAACCAUGUAGCUGUUGGAACACACAGUGGAAUCGUGGAAGUAUGGGAUGCCACCGUAGAAAAGUUGGUGACGACAAUUUGUGGUCACACUGCGCGCGUGGGAACUGUAGCCUGGUCCGGUGAUGUUAUCUCUAGUGGUUCCAAGGACCAAUUCAUAAAUCAAAAGGACAUCCGCACAGCUCCAUUUGUUCUUGAAAAACAACUCUGUGGACACACACAAGAGAUUUGUGGUCUUAAGUGGUCUCCGGAUAACCAGCUUUUGGCUUCUGGAGGAAACGACAAUCGCCUUUACGUUUGGAGUAAACAUUCGACCACACCUAUGCAAACGUACAAGGAACACUCUGCUGCCGUCAAAGCUAUUGCGUGGUCACCCCACCAUCACGGUGUUUUGGCCAGUGGAGGAGGAACGGCUGAUAAAACCAUUCGAUUUUGGAACACCGUCACCGGUCAGCCAAUGCAGUGCAUUCACACAGGAUCCCAAGUGUGCAAUCUUGCUUGGUCAAAGCAUUCUUCAGAAUUUGUAACGACCCAUGGAUAUUCUCAGAACCAGAUUGGGAUAUGGAAAUACCCAUCGCUCGAGCAAGUUGCAGAGUUAACGGGACAUUCAAACCGGGUUUUGUACUUGGCAAUGUCUCCGGAUGGCGAAAAUAUAGUCACUGGAGCUGGAGACGAAACUCUCCGUUUUUGGAAUGUCUUCAAGAAACGCAGGUCACAGAAAGAAAAUUGUAAAUCACAACUCAAUCUUUACGACAACAUCAGAUAAGACUGGUUAUAAUAACUAUAUAUACUACUACUAUGUGUGCUCAAGACACUGUACUAUCUUACACAAAUUAACUAAUAGCGGUAAUAACGGACAAUUACAUCAUUAUUAUAUUACGAUGAAAACAAAAUUAAAUAAUGAUAACGAUCUGUAUCAACUUAAGAUAAUAAGAAUGACGAAUAAUACAAUUUGAAACUCGUCAUCGGUCACAUAAAAAUAGCCAUAAACUACUGUUGUACCCUAUCGAUUUACACUUCUAUUACUGUCAUUUAUUGUUACAUAUUUUUGUAUUAAUUAUCCUUCGUAAUCUAAUCCUAAGUAAUCAGAAUAGUUUUGGACAUGUGUCUUAAACCAAUUUAGUGUAAUUCAGAAAGUUUUUCCUGUUAAUAAUGAUAUAUUAGCUCUAUGCCUUCCUGACAUUCCUUUAGAAAUAAUUAUUAAUAAUCAAAAGUUGUUAUAUUAUUAUGCAAUUAUCACAUUGAUCAAUUUAGUUCUUCCGUCCACUUAGUAUAAACUUCGACCUAAACUAUCAAAUAAAUUUUUGUUUAUUCUCAAGUA